AUGAGGGACUGCAGUAACUUGGAGGAGGCUCCUAGGUGCGGUAACUGUUCGGCUAAAACUUGGCUGAAGCCUAAUUUUUCUGAUAGUAUGGUUAGCUUAUGGGACUAUACACUUCACAGGCAUGAUAGGGUUGGAAGAGGUGGAGGUGGAGUCGCCUUUUACAUUCACAAUUCUUUGAGUGCCACCAUCUUAAAAACUUCUGAUGCACUAUACUGCCGCAAGCCCGAAUACAUUAUCGCUGAAAUCGUCCCUUCAGGUUCUGUCAAGUUGUUGCUAGCUGUUGUAUAUAGACCACCAAAUUGCGGCUAUCUACAAGACUUUGAAGACACCUUUCUCGAUCUUCAAGUCCAUUACAGACAUUCCAUCAUCUUUGGCGAUUUUAAUGCGGAUAUGCUUGUCAAUUCCUAUGACAAUAUUGCAAAUAUUGACUGGAGUGAGCUAAUGUCAUCGAUGUCUCUUGAUGAGAAGGUUAAAAUUUUAAAUUCUACUCUUCUCGGAUGUCUGGAUCAUCACGCGCCUCUUCAAAGAAUAUGCUUCAAGAAACUCCCUGCACCUUGGCUUACCUUGGACAUCAAAAACGCGAUGAAGGAAAGAGACAAAGCGCGCAGGAAAUGGCGCAGAAACGCUAGGGAGGACUUAUAUCAUGACUUCAAGAAAUUGAGAAAUGAAGUUCAAAAAGUGGUUCGCACUGCACGAAACACACUGAAUGAUUUCUUUGUUAGUGCCGCGGGAGGUUAUGAUGGUGUGAUAAAUGCAGAGGACUUAAACUCCUCAUCCGCGAUUUUCGACGACUCAAAAUUUUAUUGGGAGCUCGUAACUCCGUCAGAAAUUAAUAGAGCUUUCUCCAGGAUUAAAACAAAUGCUAUUGGUAUAGAUGGUAUAGCUAGCAAAAUUAUUAAGCUUGUCUUACCUUGCAUCGUGCCUGUGAUUGAACACAUUUUUAACUUUUCAUUGACACACGGUAUUUUCCCGGACUGCUGGAAAUCCUCAAUUAUUUGUCCGAUACCGAAAGUGAAAAAUCCUUCUUUGCCACUACACUACCGGCCUAUAGCAAUACUUCCUGCAAUAUCUAAGGCUCUCGAAAGAAUUGUCUGUGUGCAGAUNCAAAACUAUAUGGAAGGAAAUAAUCUUUAUGAUUCUCACCAGUAUGCAUACCGAAGAGGACGCUCGACUCAGACUGGAAUAAUUAAGUUAUUAGACGAUGCAAGAUAUGCUGCUGAUAAAAGAAUGGUCACUAUCACUGUUUUCUUUGACCUGUCUAAGGCCUUUGACAGAGUGCAGCAUCACAUUCUUUUGAAGAAACUUGAGGCUUUAAAUUUUUCUAACAACGCGCUGCGCUGGAUUCAUUCUUAUUUAUUGGGAAGAACUCAGGUUGUCAAGGAUCCCGUCAACUCUGCUUCUAUGCGGAUGAUUUGGUCAUAUACUAUCACUGUGAUUCACGCGAUUUGCUACUGGGUAUUGAGAGUUAACUGUGAUAUUAAAAGCAUAGUUUCCUGGGCCUUGCAGAACAAACUUUUGCUGAACUGUGACAAAACCCAGGCUAUCAUCUUAGGAUCUGCUAGAUACAUCAACGCAAUCAGCCGGCAACAACCACCUCUUAUAAUAGUUGAAAACACACCGGUUCAUUGCGCCUUUACGGAUAUAACUGCAGAACAGAACCUACGUCUUCACAAAGCAUUCAAUGCUUGUGUGAAAUUUAUUUUCGAUGCUCGUAGAGAAGAACACGUUACUUCGUACUACAACGCCUUACAGUGGCUCAAUGUCAGUUACCGUAGGAGAUACUUCGUGGGUUGCCUUAUACACAAGAUAAUUAUUACACAACAACCUAGUCUUAUUUUUGAGACCUUACACUUUCGUGAGGCGCCAGUACGUAAUAUGAGAACAGCAGAGGACACUCUUGUUGCGCCGUUGUGUCGCACGGAAAUGUACAAGCGCUCAUUUUUGAGCACUGCGAUUAGCGUUUGGAACAGCAUUCCUUCUAAUGUUAGAAUGAUUACCUCCUUUGGUCUCUUUAGAACUAUGUUUCACAGACUCUUGCUGGAUGAUGCCAGCCACUGA